GAGAAUGAGGUGGAGGAAGAGAAGAGUUAGCAGGCUGUGUGGGAGAAUGUGGGGGAGGAGAAUGAGGAGGAGGAGGAGGAGAAUGAGGCAAAGGAGGAGGAGACUGAGAGGGAGAAGUAGUAUUAGUCGGGGUGGGAGAAUGAGGAAGAGGAGGAGGAGGAGAUUUUAAGGGAGAAUGAGGAGAUUGGGGAGAAUGAGGAGGGUGGGGAAAAUGAGGAGACUGGAGAGAUUGAGGAGGCUGGGGAGAAUGAGGAGGUUGGGGAGAUUGAGGAGGCUGGGGAGAAUGAGGAGGUUGGGGAGAAUGAGGAGGUUGGGGAGAAUGAGGAGGUUGGGGAGAAUGAGGAGGAUGGGGAGAAUGAGAAGGGUGGGGAGAAUGAGGAGUGUGGGGAGAAUGAGGAGGAUGGGGAGAAUGAGGAGGUUGGGGAGAAUGAGGAGGGUGGGGAGAAUGAGGAGGGUGGGGAGAAUGAGGAGGGUGGGGAGAAUGAAGAGGUUGGGGAGAAUGAGGAGGUUGGGGAGAAUGAGGAGGAUGGGGAGAAGGAGGAGGUUGGGGAGAAUGAUGAGGUUGGGGAGAAUGAGGAGGAUGGGGAGAAGGAGGAGGUUGGGGAGAAUGAGGAGGUUGGGGAGAAUGAGGAGGAUGGGGAGAAGGAGGAGGUUGGGGAGAAUGAUGAGGUUGGGGAGAAUGAGGAGGAUGGGGAGAAGGAGGAGGUUGGGGAGAAUGAGGAGGAUGGGGAGUAGUAGGUUGGGGAGAAGGUGGAGGGUGGGGGGAAUGAGGAGGUUGGGGAGAAUGAGGAGGAUGGGAAGAAUGAGGAGGUUGGGGAGAAUGAGGAGGUUGGGGAGAAUGAGGAGGAUGGGGAGAAGGAGGAGGUUGGGGAGAAUGAGGAGGAUGGGGAGAAUGAGGAGGUUGGGGAGAAUGAGGAGGAUGGGGAGAAGGAGGAGGUUGGGGAGAAUGAGGAGGAUGGGGAGAAGGAGGAGGUUGGGGAGAAUGAGGAGGGUGGGGAGAAUGUGGAGAGUGGGGAGAAUGAGGAGGGUGGGGAGAAUGAGUAGGUUGGGGAGAAUGAGUAGGGUAGGGAGAAUGAGGAGGUUGGGGAGAAUGAGGAGGUUGGGGAGAAUGAGGAGAUUGGGGAGAAUGAGGAGGGUGGGGAGAAUGAGGAGGAUGGGGAGAAUGAGGAGGGUGGGGAGAAUGAGGAGGUUGGGGAGAAUGAGGAGGGUGGGGAGAAUGAGGAGAUUGGGGAGAAUGAGGAGGGUGGGGAGAAUGAGGAGGGUGGGGAGAAUGAGGAGGGUGGGGAGAAUGAGGAGGUUGGGGAGAAUGAGGAGGUUGGGGAGAAUGGGAAGGAGGAGGAGAAGAUUGUUUGGGAGGAUGAGAAGGAGGAGGAGGAGGAGACUGCGCGGGAGAAAGGGAAGGAGGAGGAGGAGGAGGAGAAAGAUUAGGAGGAGGGGGAGACUGUUUGGGAGAAUGAGGAGCAGGAGGAGGAGAAUGAGAAGGAGGAAGAGAAUGAGGAGGAGGAGGAGGAGGAGGAGGAGACUGUUUGGGAGAAUGGGAAGGGGGAGGAGGACACUGUUUGGGAGACUGAGGAGGAGAAGAGUGCGUGGGAGAAUGCGAUGAUGGAGAGUGUGGAGGAAGAAGUGAUUCUGCGGGAGAAUGAGGAGGCAGAGGAGGAGGAGAAGGAGAUUCUGCAGAAGAAUGAGGAGGAACAAGAGGAGGAGGAGAAGGAGAAGGAGUGGCAGAAUGAGAUGGAGGAGGUGGAGGAGGAAGAGGAUAUUCUGUGGGAGAAUGAGGAGUAAGAGAAGGAGAAUGUGUAGGAGAAUGAGAUGAAGGAGAAGAAGGAAGAACAGGAGGAGAUGGAGGAGGAGGAGACUGUGCGGGAGAAUGAGGAGGAGUUGUGGAGGGGGGAGCAGCUACAGGGGUGGCGGCGGGGGCCGGGGGGGUUAGUUG